CUCAUACCAGGUUCAACAAACAAAAACCAAACCAGAGCAAUUUCAGGUUGUCUCAUUCCAAUUAAGAAUCACCAUGAGUGCAUCAACCAAAGCAUGGGUGGUGGCUUCAAGCAUUGGAGCAGUGGAAGCCUUGAAAGAUCAACUUGGUGUUUGCAGAUGGAACUUUGCUCUCAGGUCAUUGCAGCAACAUGCCAAGAACAACAUCAGAUCCUAUGGUAAACCCACGAAAUUCUCCUCUGCUGCAUCUUCUGCUUCGGUUCCCACUAAGAUCAACAGAACCAAAGAAGACUCCAUGAACAAAGUCAUGGAAUUCAAUUGCUGGGGUCCCACUACUACCAGAUUCUAGAUCUGCAUAGUUCAAUCCCGUUAUGCAUCAUUCUGUAUCUACUUUCAACCUUCUUCUCCUCCUCUGCAGAAACUACUUACCUCAUUCAUCCAAUCGUAGCUACUAAAAUGGAUACCAAGAAAAAUUUAGCUGUAUUUUCUACUACCCUAUGGCUAGAGGAUCCUGGAUUCGUGUUAAAGUUUGUAACUUUUUUUGUAGUUUACCCCGAAAUAUUUCCCAAUAGACGCCAGACUAAUCUGCAUCAUCAUCUACCUUCUUACUAUCUCAUAAAGGCACCUUCUACAAUUAUUAUAAUAUGAACAUUUUGAAGAGACAACUGAAUAUUUAUAAAUAAAAAUAUAUUUUAAAAUUCAAAA